UAUAAAAGCCCGCAUGCAGCCGCUGAUGUGAGAUAAGAUGAUCGCGCCGCUGAUGAAACGCGUGUCUGACGCUCGUUUUCUGUAGAUCGAUCGACAGUUCGGCUCUGGACUAAACGCGUGCGUGCGGAUCAGCGGAUGAACUCGCGGGUCUGUUACUGCUCAGCGUCUGAAGCGUGCCGCGAUGACUGACGUGAUGAUCAGCGCCACACCGAUGGACGACAUGAGGCUCAGUCCCAGCAAAGACCGGCUCACCUUCCAGAUCUUUCCGGAUCCGUCCGACUUCGAGCGCUGCUGUAAGCUGAAGGACCGGCUGCCGUCCAUCGUGGUGGAGCCGACGGAGGGCGAGGUGGAGAGCGGAGAGCUGCGCUGGCCGCCCGAGGAGUUCCUGGUGAGCGAGGAGGACGAGGAGGAAGAGGAGGAGGAAGACCUGCAGAACGGACAGAUGCAGAACUCUCAGCAUUAGAGAGGAUCAGACUGUCUCACACAGCAGCACGUAGAAUAGCUCCAUCACACAAAAACACACAGAACUUCGAUCUGACACGAUGAGACACUCGCACUGUUGUGUGUCAGAAGAUCAUUGACUAUCUGCUGUGAGAUGAUGAUGACGAUGGUGUGAGUCUGUCCUGCUCAUUCCUGACAUUUACACGCUUCUCUGAAUAACACACAGAUCUUCUUCCAAAAUAAGAGCAUAUGCCCGUGGUGUUUGUAUACAAAGGCAUGUGGGUUUUACUGUAAAUAUUCUCAGUUCAAGAUGAAUUACAGGUAAGAAGUGUUUGGCUUUAGUGUGUCCGUCUGCAUCAUCAUCCCUGUGUCUCUUUAUACAAUGGAAAUCUGUAGGAAAAUCAUCAUUUGACCGCAGAAGAACUGACCCUUGUGUCUCGUGUUAUGGAUUUUAAAUCUGUCUGUGUUUGUAUCCGUGUUCGUAUGCGCACAUAUAUAUAUAUAUAUAUAGAUGUCAGUGUUUGUGAUCACCGAUCACUUCCCGUCUGUUCGUCGCUCUUCAUCUGUAAAGACUCAGGGAGUUUUCUCUUGUUUUGUAUGUACGCCACUUUCUCUCUGUGACUGACAGAGGCUGUAAAUAAACAAAAGUGCUUUCCCAA